AGGACCUCAGGCGCAAUGGUUUAUGGGAAGUAAGGUUUUGGUGAAAUAUGAGGGUUUGCAGUGAAAUGUCGCCCUCUACUGGUGAUUUUGUCUACAUGAACGGGACGGUCUUGUAGAAUAGAUUAUCGGUUACUUUUGUCCAGUCUCGGAAACAUGUAGGCCUAGCCUACCAGUCUAUGGAUCAAACCGGAUCAAACCCACUGUAAACAGAAUAUUCGCAGCGUCAUCAGAAUGAACUCACACCCUUGGAAUGCUCAUGUUUCUUUUCGAAAUGAAACAGAAUAUUCUCCUGACAAAGAAGUCGACCUGCAUCUUAUUGUGUCAUUAUUUUGGAGGCUACAGGAAUGGAGAGCAACCCUGACUGAUUGAAACUUAAGAUGAGUUCCCCAUCACCAAUUGCUAAUUUUUCCUCUCUAUCUUUGGAGGAUAAAAAUGAAGAUUCGCUGCCUAUGCCAAACCUAUCUGUCACAGAAUGUUCUCAGGACGUGUCCUGCUCAGUAGGCCUAUCCUUUUCUCUUCCUCCUAACAAUUUAACCACUCAGGACAGUGGGAUAUCUUGUUUGGAGCAGAGUCACAUCUCACACAACAUCACAGGUGUUCCAGGUCAGGAAUUUGUUUUAAUAACAGAGGAUGUACAAGCAGAUUCUAGCACAGUAGUCUUGUUGUCACCCGAGCCAGAACCAGGCAAGACGAGAAAUGAACCUUUACCUCACAGCCUGUGUUUAGCAUCUUCAAGCUCUGUCCCUGACUCGGAGAGGAUUCAAGAUGAUUUCUCACAGUCUGAAGUAGGUACCUGCAUGGGACUAGCACAGCAGAAGGAUCUACCAAUCAGUGUUCACUCCUCAUCUAAAAUGUCUGAUCCGGAGUCUGAAAAGCUGGCAGCUUCAGGUGUGACAUCAGACGAGCCAGGUAUGGAGGUCCAGCAGGAUAACCUGGAUGCUCCAGAACCUUCUCCGGAAUCUACUUCAGUGGAGUGUAGCACAGGGGGAGAUUCCGCUGCAGUAGUACAGCUACAGGCAGGAGAGGCAUCAGAAGACCAGCAGUGUGAAGUUUCGCAUGAACCUGAGCCAUGGGCAGAAGAAGAAUCAGCAGAGGAAUCAGUUUCCACAUUUCAGCCACCGGAAUCUUCCUUGUCAACACUGGAAACUGUGGAGGGUAAUUUGAACACUUCCAACCAGUGCACUGACCAGAUUCAGAGUCCUCCAAUCUCCUGUUCCCAAGAGCAGUCUGCGGAGGUAUCAACGUCCACACUUUGGCUACCAGAACCUUCUUCCUCAACACAGGAAACUGGUGAAAGUAAUUUGAACAUAUCCAACAUGCCCUCUGGCCACAUGCAAGGGGUUGUAAGCUCCUGCCCUCAAGAACUGUCAGCCGAAGAAUCAAGAGAGGAAACUGCGGAGGAUAAUGUGAGUACAUCUGACAAGCCUACUGACCUGAUGCAAACCCCCUCAAGACCCCACCCCCAGGAAAUGUCAGCAGAAGUGUCAGACCCCUGUCUUCAGUUACCAGAAUUGUCCUCUUCAAUGCAGGAGACUGUGGAGAGUAACAUGAGAGAUUCCAACAUGCUCCCAGUUCAAAUACUCUCAUCAGAGGAGUCAGCCUCCACACUGGAACAAGCAGCAUCCCCUUUCUCAACACAGGAAACUGCUUACAAUAAUCUGAACACCUCUGAACACCAGACCCCUGAUUGGACAUGCAGUGCCCCAAGCACUUGCUCUCAAGAAUGGUCAGAUCCAGCUGGAGAAUUGGUCUCCACUCUUCAGCUUCCUCAAGAAUGGUCAGAUCCAGCUGGAGAAUUGGUCUCCGCUCUUCAGCUUCCUCAAGAAUGGUCAGAUCCAGCUGGAGAAUCGGUCUCCGCUCUUCAGCUUCCUCAAGAAUGGUCAGAUCCAGCUGGAGAAUCGGUCUCCGCUCUUCAGCUUCCAGAGCUGUCCACCUCCACAGAGGAAGUUACUGAGAGUUGCUUGAAGGUACCUGAGCAGCCCGUAGGGCUCCGUCCAGUCUCUGAAUUAGAGGCGGAGCUUGAGCUGAGAGUGGCUGAGAAGUCCAUCGUGGCAGACAACCUGAUAGGAGAGGAAAAUGGUUCUGACACUCCUCCUACUCUCGCUCGCCUUGUGGUCGAGAACGUCUCAGAACAGAACUCAGGGUCUGGAGCAGUCGUGGAGACCACACAGGCAGAAUCUCACAUGGACAAUGCUGCUCAAGUGGACUCGCGUGACUCCCGGCACCAACCACAACUCUCCGUCCCAUCAGAAUCCAUUCAGCCUCCCACCCAUGUGGAACUUCCUUCCACGUCAUCCAUGGAACACACUGCAAUGCAUUAUGGGGUUGCCUAUUCAGAGUACCACUCAGCCAGCAUUCACCCGUCAUCCGCUGCUAGCGCCACACUGCAUUCACAGUUUGGAAAUAUGUACCCCACACCAACCUAUCAGCAGCACGGAACAGGACACUAUCAGCUAGCCCCUCAGCUCGCUGCUACAUACUUAGCACCACACCCUCAAUAUACUGCUAACAUCAGUACACUCCCUCAUUACUCCCAACUUCCUGUGAACUACCCGCCUCAGGAAGUGCUAGUACAUUCCAAUUACCCACCGACACAGCCGCAGGCUUGUGUUGGCGGUUUGCCACUGAGGCCUGUCAAUCUGGAUUCAACCGGACCAGCCCAGGACCAGAACACCCUAAGGAUAGGCAUGGAGACGGGCCCGUGCCAGGAGUUCUCCAUGGGUCUGUACGAAAAGUACAAGCUGUGGCAUCAGCACAGGCACAGGACUUGCAUGUAUGUCUCCAGCAGCCAUGAUUCUGAUGCACUGGCCUGCUUCUUCGUACCAGUGCUACGGUCUCUGUGCCUGGUCAACUCCCACAUCCCACUGGAGAGGGCAGAGGCCAUAGCUGUGACCGAGUGGAACAGGCUGUCCAACUUUGAUCGCAUGGAGUACUACAACAUGGCCCAGAAGUUCCUGGAGUUUGAGAAGUGGGAGCAGAAUUUCAGGGCAGCAAAGGGAGUGGAGGCUGAGCUUCAUCCAAUGGGUUGGAGAGUUCACAAUGACAUUUAUGGCUAUAGCUGGAAACGAAGGCCCCAGGCAGGUAGAGGCAGAAGAACCAUGAGACCUAAAAGCAACCCUAAACCUUACUGUAAUGCGCUGUUAGAGAAAGCCCAGAUGCAGGAACUCAUGGAAGGUGCUCUUAAGGAGUACACAGAGGUCAUGGAGGCCCUAGAGUCAAGGUCAGAGGUCAGGGAAAGUUCAGAGGUCACAGAAGAAGCCACUGAGCAGGAGGAGAAGGAAGAGAAUGGAUCAUUCACAGAGUAUCUGAAUGAGCUGUGCAGUCAGAAAGAGUUUGUGACUCAGGUUGGGGAAGUCAUCGACCUAGAGUAUGUGUCAUCUCUCCUGUCCUCAGAUACAGAUUCCAGUGACAAUUUAAUGGAGUCUUUAAUACAGUGCCUGAACAAACAGGAGACAUCCCAAGUGCCUCAUGCGCCUGUACCAGUAGUGUGCAACCAGGGACCUCAGCUUCCCAAGAUGGACAUCCCUCUGUCUGUUUACGGUCACAGCCUCUACACACAAACAUUGAUAGCCAGGUGUCACUUGGUGCAACCAUGUCUACGCAAGGUACCGGUGCAGUGGAUUGCUUUGCCCCACCACAUACUUUCUAUGAUCAAACUCCCAAUAUUUCCACUCACAAUUUCUUAGAAAGGGGUGCCCCUGUUGUGUCACCAUUUAAGAGGACAGGGCUUCAAGUCCCCCAGAUUUAUGGGAUGGACAAUUGUAUUCCACAGCAACAAAAUUACAGUUCCCACCAUGUAUUUCAAACCAGUGUCAAUAGGACUUGUAACAGUGUGAGUCAAAGUUUUUAUGCUGUACCAGAAAACUACUCACCCCAAGUCCCAGUGGCCAAUCAUGAGAACUACAGCUCCAAGACAUAUGUUUUAGCAACCAAUCAAAAUGGAAGCAGUUUGCAGGAGACAAAACAUGUGUUCCUCCCAGCACAAGAUCCACACCAGCCACCUGCCUCACACCAACAAAUUAACUGCCUACCUACGGUGCAGAAUGGAAACUACUCCAAAGUUCAACCAAUCAUCUUACCAUAUGGGCCUAUUGCUCUGACAGAUGCUUUCAGUAUAUUGGAGGCUGCUACUCCUAGUAGCUCAGCCUUCCAAAGUGCUUCAGAAGAGGCAGUAUCAAGUGCUACACAAAAAGUUAUUGCCAUGGAAAACCAUGCCACCCAGAUUGAGCAAGGCACUGACGAGAAGGAUGCAGGUGGUGCUGAAAAACAAGGAUAUGUAUAUACGGUUCUUCUUGACUCAGGCUCCCAAAGAGAGCUAAGCCCUCCUUCUUUAGAAAGUCUAUCCAAAGUGAAUCCAGGUAAAGCACAAGUCAAUUAUAAAUCGCAGAGUCUAAAUCCGGUCGUUGGCACUUCAAAUCUUCCGACUAAUACUCUGGCAGAGCCAAUUCAGCUUGAGUCAACAGAAGAAACAGAAACAGUCUGUAACUUGAAUGAAGAAGAGAAAGAUGUUUUGCCUGUGACUGAGAAUAAGUCAGCAUCACCCAUGUCUGUUUUGACAAUGAA